UGCUGCUCUGUGUCCCUCGGACACAGCGGAUCACCGAUCAACAGAAAGAGCCGAAGAUGUCGGCUCGGUCAUGUGAUCAGCUGUGUCCAAUCACAGCUGAUCUCAUGGGACAUUUACACUGAUCAUCAGGGCACUGAUGAUCAGUGUGCCCUGACGAUCUGUGUAGCCCCAGCAGUGCCACCUGUCAGUGUCCAUCAGUGCCAGCUGUCAGUGCUCAUCCAUGCCACCUCCCAGUGCCCAUCAGUGCCACAUCAAUGCCACAUAUCACUUCCUACCAGUGCACAUCAAUGCCACAUAUCAGUGCCCAUCUGAGCUGCCUUUCAGUGUGAGUGCCACCUAUCAGUGCCAGUCAGUGCUGCCUAUAAGUGCCAUAUAUGAGUGCUGCCUUUCAGUGAUGCCUGUCAAUGCCCAUCAGUGCCACCUACCAGUGCCUCCUCAUCAGUG